AUGCAGCGAACACUCGCUUAUGUAUGGCGCUUUAUUGAUCGGUGCAGACAAAGACCUGUAAGCAGGGGUCCAAUUACUCGAAUUGAACUCAAUCGAUCGCUUCUUAUCGUCAUUAAGCUUACGCAAGAUUUUUAUUGGGAAGGCUUACGAAAGCGGUUGGAAAAUACCUCGGCAUCGAUAACCCCCAAUUCACUUGCUCAGUUGUCACCAUAUUUAGACAAUGAAGGAUUAAUUCGUGUCGGCGGUCGACUUCGUUUCUCGCUUCUGACCGAGGAAGCUAAGCAUCCAGUGCUGCUCCCUAAGGCUGCUUAUGUCACGCAGUUAAUUAUCAGCCAUUAUCACUUAAGUCUUCUACAUGCCGGUCCAAAAUUAGUUAUGGCCAUGAUUCAACGAAAAUAUUGGAUUGUAUCAGGGCGUGCAGUCAUUCGGCAAAUUAUACAUACAUGUGUUAGAUGUGUGCGCCAUAGAGCUGCGUGCCCACAACCAGUCAUGGCAGACUUGCCACCAGUACGAGUACAGCCUCAUCGACCAUUCGCAUUCGUUGGCAUGGAUUAUGGUGGACCGUUUAAUGUGAAAGAAAGCCGUCGACGAGGUGCCAAGACUAAUAAGGCUUAUCUUGCUCUAUUUGUGUGUUUAUCAGUGAAGGCAGUCCAUCUGGAAGUGGUGAGCGACUUAUCCACGGAAGCGUUUCUUGCUGCUUUCGAUCGCUUCACUGCUCGUCGGGGGAUUCCAGUUGAAAUACGUUCUGACUGUGGAACAAAUUAUGUAGGUGCUGCUCGGCAAUUGAAAUCUUUGUUCAACGAAGCAAAAACCCGAGACACUCUAAUGAGUAGGAUCCCAUGUCAGUGGUAUUUUAAUCCACCUGCGGCCCCUCAUUUUGGAGGUAUCUGGGAGGCCGCAAUUAAAAGUGUCAAGACUCAUUUGAGAAAAGUCAUCGGUGAUCAAAUAAUGACCAUGGAAGAAUUUACCACACUAAUAAUUCGCAUCGAAGGAAUCUUAAAUUCGCGUCCACUCACAAGUGUCUCCAGUGACCCAAACGAUUUGUGUGCUUUAACUCCUGGGCACUUUCUGAUAGGACAACCCCUCAUGGCAGUUCCAGAACCUGAUUUGACGGACGUUAAAAUCAACCGUCUAAACAGAUGGCAACUGAUCAAACAAGCGCAGCAGUCUUUUUGGAAACGAUGGACCAAUGAGUACUUACAGACAUUGCAAGGCCGCCAAAAGUGGUUAAGGCAAGAUACCAACUUAAAUAUCGGUGAUUUGGUUGUCGUAAAGUCUCCAGUACGACCUGUCAUGUCAUGGCAAUUAGGAAGAGUGACUGACGUCCAUCCAGGUGCAGAUGAAGUUGUACGCGUUGUGACGUUGAAGACAGCUGAAGGAACCUUGAAGCGUCCAGUAGUAAAAGUGGUGAAGUUGCCUGUGUCCUGA